AGGAAGACAGACGAGAGAUAAUAAGGUUCUUAAGGUCUAAAGGUCUAAAGACGGAAAAGAAGACAGACACCAAUGGGCAGCAAACAACGGAAUGAACAGGCCUAAAGAAGAAGAAAACAGAUUGAUAAAAGAGAUAAAGAAAAGACGGAAGAAAAAAGACAAGAAAAAAGGAAAAACGACAGAAAUCACAGGUGGACAAUCCAAAGAGAAGAAAAGGAAAGACAAGAACGUACUACUAACAAGAGCGCUUUUGCAAGCAUCUGCAUAGCUGUACACUUCUUUCCGAACGACAAUUCAUGUGCUUUUGUGUAGUUUGUCCUUUAUCCGCUUGAUGCCAUUCUUGAGCACCCAAAGUGGCUUUUCCCACGACUGGCACAUUGUGACUCCCCAGAUUGCGAGCAUGGGGAGCGCACUUGCCACUGAUACAAUCCCCGUGCUGGUCACAAUGGUUGAUGUGCACAAUGCCAAGGCUCAGGAGACAAAGUGGAUUUGUCAACAAGGUCUGUGUAGAGCAAUGUAGAACAUGAAACUACUACACGUUGCCUUGUGCGAACCCUAACCUUUCUGCGCUGCUAGCUACUUGUAAGCUACAGUACUAGCUACAGCUAUUGAAUGGACAGAAAGAAUUGAGUCAAGCGAAAGGGAAGACAUUUUCCGCCAUUCUCCCAGGACAUGUUCUAUUUCUGCAACGUCGGCAGUGGAGGUGCUGCCACAAAGGUCAUCGGCCGUUCUCAAACCCUGUCUGUGGAAGUUGGAAUCACUACUGUCUUGACGCUCAUUGUGUACGAGUGUCCAGAACCGGUCUUCACACCUGAAACAGCCCGUUGCCUUGGAGUGCUUCGUAUUCCCAUGGAACGGCUUGCUGAACGAUACAGUUCAGGCAUUUUCCAGCAGUGGUUCAACUUGGAUACAAAGAUGGACCCUCGCAUGCCUGCUGGCGAUUUGCAGUCCUUGGUCACAAAGUUUGAGCAGGCAUACGCAGAUUCUGUCAACGAUAUCUACCAGCCGAAGGUUUGCCUUUCCGUGAUUGGCUCUUCCUUUGAGGUCCAGCGAGGCUCCAGGUCAACCUUUGGCAUCUUUGUGGGUGAGGAUGUAAAGACGCAAGCGGGGCCCGACCUCAAGGCUCUCAUUGCCUCUCACAAGCAGCAAGCUGCGUACGUUGAUGCGCUUCACGAAGAACUUCGCCGCUUAAACACCCCGUCCUACCGACCCUUGGCGGCGGGCAUGGGGCAGUCGAUCGGUCCAGGAGCACCUGGGUCCUUUGUGGUGCCCAAGGGCAGCAUGGGAGCACCAGGCGCACCAGGUGGAGGCUAUGCGGGUGGCGCCUUUGGUGGGCCUGUCCCGUCAUCCAUGGCACCUCACUGAAGUGCUGAAGAUCUGUAUUGUAGCAUCAAGUGCAGGGCAUAGACCUGCCAGAAGAAUCUGCCGAAUGCUUUCACUUCAAAGGCUGGUCAUCAUGUCGCUCUUCCUGCUGGAAGUUGCACCACGCCCCAUGUAGCCAACUGCAGAUAGGGUUUUGCCCGGAAGACGAGCCACCAGCAAUCGUUCAUCGUUUCAUUUCAAGUUGCAAGGCUGAUGGAC